AAAAUUUAAGUAAUGACUUUUGAUGAUGAAAAUGACGAAUAUAUACACCAGAAAUUGUAUCGCAGCCGUGGCAAAUGUGCAAUCUACGCACGUCAAUCAGAAGUUUACGUCGAGGUGAAGCAGAAAUCCAAUGUUUAUGCUAGGACAUCAGUUGCCGCAAUGGCUGGGAACGCCAACAACAACAACAGCACACUUGAUAUUGGACACGAUGUUUGGUUCCACAUAGCCAUGCAUCUAGAUCCGGAGGAUGUACAGACCUUCGCCUUGGUGUGCAAACAGACCGCCAAGCUGGUAAACUCGAGAGCCUUCUGGCGCAACAUGUACAAACGCCACUGUCUGGCUGGUACUUCCAGGAGUUGGAACCUGGAGCUGCCCGCCCAGCUGCAGUUGGAGCAAAUACGCAACUGUGAUACGAAAGCGCUGCGCUCGCACGUCAUCGAAGCGCUAUUCCACUGUUAUCGUCCACUUAAGACGCGCCUCGAGCUGGGCUACAGCCUGGACUGGCUGCUGCACCGCACCUUUAUGUCCUGCUCGCAGAAGCAGUAUCAAUGCUUGUGGAUCAUGUGCUACACACUUUGGAAUCAGCAGGCGACAGCCUCUAGGCAAUUGGAUGAAGUUGGGCACUUGGCGCAGGCGGACAACGACGUGGUUAACGAUUGGGAAGCGCUGGCAGAGAGCGAUGAGGCAACAGCACAGAUGGUACACAGCUCCGGCAAUCGACAUGAAGGUGUUGUUCUAUUGAUUGUGGUGUGCCGGCAAUUUAUACCGCUGCCGCUGCAGUUGCUCUACAACCAGCAACAGUCGCGCUUUCGCCUGAUGGCAACCCGGGAGCUGCUCUGCAGCAAUAUGCGCGCCAAGAACUUGGAGCUGGAUUUUGUCGAGGACAACUGCAAUAGCAACAGCCUGAGUGUGACUGUCAAAUAUGCGCGCAUUGAAAAGUAUAAAGUGCUGCCCUGGUGGCAUCCAGAUUUCAAAAGGUUUCUCAAAUAAAAUUGAUAUGCGUACAAAAA